AUGGCCGAGGCCCGCCCGACCCCUGCUGGCACCGAUAUCACACCUGUGACCGGCCUCGGCCUAGUCAGCAGCGAAGGUGUCGAAGAUGGCGGAAGAGGUGCGGCCAAAAGUCGACCGGAGCAUUCAGCGAGCCAGACGCGGCGAACAGAGACAAAGUUUGGCGAUUACAUUCUGGGUCAGACGCUCGGAGAAGGAGAAUUUGGGAAAGUGAAGAUUGGAUGGAAGAAGGAAAAUGGUAUUGAGGUGGCCGUCAAGCUCAUCCGACGCGAGUCGCUCGGGACCAACCCUAGCCGCUUGCCCAAGAUUUACCGGGAGAUUUCAAUCCUUCGGGGACUGGCGCACCCAAACAUUGUCCGACUGCAUGAAAUGGUCGAAACGGAGCGACAUAUAGGCAUCAUCUUGGAAUACGCAUCCGGCGGUGAACUGUUUGAUUACAUUCUCCAUCACCGAUAUCUGAAAGAUAACGCCGCUCGUCGUUUGUUCGCCCAACUCGUGUCUGGUGUUGGAUAUUUGCAUAAGAAGGGCAUCGUGCAUCGCGAUCUGAAACUCGAGAAUCUACUUCUGGACCGAAAUCGCAACAUUAUCAUCACCGACUUUGGCUUUGCCAACACAUUCGACCCUCACGACGAGUUGGGAGAUGAAAUCGAGUACAACCUCUCCAAUAAGGAAUUUGUGCGUCGGAUGGAUCUCGACGAUGUUCGAGAUAACGGCUUCCGCAGAGGAGAUUUGAUGCAGACAAGUUGUGGAAGUCCCUGUUACGCCGCACCUGAGCUGGUCGUGAGUGACUCGUUGUAUACGGGCCGGAAGGUAGACGUGUGGAGCUGUGGUGUCAUCUUGUACGCCAUGCUCGCUGGUUAUCUGCCAUUUGAUGACGAUCCAGCAAACCCUGAGGGCGACAAUAUCAAUCUAUUAUACAAGUACAUUGUUUCGACGCCACUCACGUUCCCAGAGUAUGUUACUCCACAUGCUCGUGAUCUCCUUCGGCGCAUCCUCGUUCCAGAUCCACGCAAGCGCGCAGACCUUUUUGAAGUUGCUCGACAUAGUUGGCUCAGCGAAUAU